GUAAAAUCUUGGCUCUCGACGACCUCAACUUCGAGAACCACUCACCAGAUUUUGAAAUCUUGGAUUGUAAUUUUCUCCCAAUCCAAGCGACCGAUUUUCCCACCCGAAACCGCCCUUUCGCUACCUCACGACCGAGAAACCACAUCUGAAAUACCGCCUGAAUUGCCCCGCCUUCAUCAUGUCUACCAACGACGACCCCAAAUACGACGACAUCGGGUCCGAGUCUGACUCUGGAGAGUCUGUCGGUCACAACGAGGCUGCUGAUGAGAAGCCCCUCAAGUCGGCUCUCAAGAAGUCCAACCCAGCUAUCGCCGAGCCCGCUGCUCAAAGACCUCCUCUGCCUCCCCAAACCGAGCCCAAAGACCUCGACGUCGCCAGCUUGACUCCUUUGACGCCCGAGAUUAUCGCCCGACAAGCUACCAUCAACAUUGGCACCAUCGGCCACGUCGCUCACGGAAAGUCCACCGUCGUCAAGGCCAUCUCUGGUGUCCAGACUGUUCGUUUCAAGAACGAGUUGAUCCGAAACAUUACCAUCAAGUUGGGUUACGCCAACGCCAAGAUCUACAAGUGUGAUAACCAAGCUUGCCCUCGCCCUGGAUGUUACCGAAGUUACAAGAGCGACAAGGAGGUCGACCCUCCUUGUGAACGAGAUGGAUGUGGCGGCACUUACAGACUAUUGCGACACGUCUCAUUUGUCGAUUGUCCCGGUCACGAUAUUCUCAUGAGCACUAUGUUGUCAGGAGCUGCUGUCAUGGACGCCGCCCUUCUCCUUAUCGCCGGUAACGAAUCUUGCCCUCAGCCUCAGACCUCCGAGCAUUUGGCUGCUAUUGAGAUCAUGAAGCUCGACAAGAUCAUCAUUCUCCAGAACAAGGUCGAUCUUAUGCGAGAAGAGGCUGCUCAGCAGCACUACCAGUCCAUCCUCAAGUUCAUCCGAGGAACUGUUGCUGGCAAGUCCCCAGUCAUCCCCAUCUCUGCUCAGCUCAAGUUCAACAUCGAUGCCGUCAACGAGGCCAUUGUCAACACCAUCCCCGUCCCUCCCAGAGAUUUCAGCAUCGACCCUCACAUGAUUGUCAUUCGAUCAUUCGAUGUCAACAAGCCUGGUUCCGAGAUCGACGAACUCAAGGGUGGUGUUGCUGGUGGUUCCAUUCUCCACGGUGUUAUCAAGCUUGGUGACGAGAUUGAAAUCCGACCUGGUAUCGUCGCCCGAGACGACAACGGUGCCCUCAAGUGUACCCCCAUCUUCAGCCGAGUCGUCUCGCUCAACUCCGAGGCCAAUGACCUUAAGUACGCUGUUCCCGGUGGUCUUAUUGGUGUUGGAACCCGAAUUGACCCUACCCUUUGCCGAGCCGAUCGUCUCGUCGGUUUCGUGUUGGGUCUCAAGGGCCGCCUUCCCGAGAUUUACAGCGAGAUUGAGGUUAACUUCUACCUCCUCCGCCGUCUUCUCGGUGUCAGGACUGCCGAUGGUAAGCAGGCCAAGGUUGCUAAGCUGGCUAAGAACGAGGUUAUCAUGGUCAACAUCGGUUCCACCUCUACUGGUGCCAAGGUUGCUGCUAUCAAGAACGAUGCUGCCAAGCUUGUCUUGACCAGCCCCGCCUGUACCAACAUUGGCGAGAAGGUUGCUCUCAGCCGACGUAUCGAGAAGCAUUGGCGUCUUAUUGGUUGGGCUACCAUUGCUGCCGGUGUCACACUCGAGCCUAGCACUUCUUAAAAGAUUCAUGUAGACCAACGAAAGAAUUGAACGUAAUUUCCGCACGAUUUUCCGGCCACGUGAUAUGCCGAACUCGAGGACGCCAAGUUUCCCAGAGCAGAGUUCUCGAAGGCAUUUUGAGUAGACGGUUGGCGCUGGACCAGGCAUGGUGUUAAAAGUGGUCUUUUUCGGGAGCAUGGGGGCGAGCAAAAAGGGGUUAGAAGAGUCCUGGUCAAACUGCCUCGAGCAUUUGUGACUAGUGGACAAGAUGUGUAGUUGCGUUGUAUGCAUUGAGCAAGAGGUUACAUCAACCUCGUAGGGAAAAGAGCAAAAGUCUUCUCCUAUUGGCCAUAGCAGGGAAUGAAGAAACUAUCAUGACCAAACC